CAAUUCUCGUGUAAAGUAAUUUAACUCGUAAAUAGUGAUUUGUGGUUAUACAUUUAUAUUUCAUAGAACUAUGAAAGACAUGUAGUGGAAGGAUUCUAGGAAAACUUCCAAUGUGAAACUGUAAUUAAACAAACCGGAAAAAUCCUGGGGUUUGUACGUGAAAUGCGUAAUGAAAUGUUACGUACUUCAAAUGAUAUUCAGUUUUUUGAUGGAAUAUUCAAAUAUUUAAACAUGACUCUAUUAUUGAAGUAGUGAUUUUACUUAGUUAAUAAUAAUAUAGGAUAAAAUAUAACCUCAAAUAAUAAUUACAAUUUUUAUAGCGAUGUCAGUAAACGUGAAGAAAACUAUGGAAACGACAAAUAUUCGCAAAUGUUUAACGAUCGCUUUUAUAAUAGGCUCGGCACAUUUUUCUACAGUCGCAAGUGAUGCGGUGGAGCAAAAAAUGAUUAUUGAUACAAUAAAUUAUUGUGAUGCGCUAACUGUUUUGCAUGAAUCAUCUUAUAUGAGUAAAUGCAGUGAAAUACCAUUUCCUACAACUUUUAAAGAAAAUGACAUUGAUCUGGCCCUGUGUAUGAUGAUAUUUGAUACUAUGAAUAAGAUUUGUCAAAAUAUUAUUUAUAAAGAAUAUAAAAUCACAAUACCAGACACAGUGAAGAAAUUAGAUGAUAGCAUAAGAAAAUUUGAACCAAAAUCUAGUGAUUAUGAUAGUUUUAUAGCCAAUCUCUGUAAGACAAUGGUCUCUGUAUUUAAUAACUGGGGUGCUUCGGAUGUUAAAAGUGAUCCUAGUGUAGAUCCUUAUAGUAAAUAUGUAAGUGGAAUUCUUUUUGAACAACACGAGUGUGGUUAUACUUGUCAUAAACCUAACAAUACAGUCAACCCUUUGUGUAUGAUUUUUCUGUGGUUUAAUGAAUUAUUGAGUAAUGUCAAAAGACCUAAAGCUAUUACCCUUAUAACUAAGAAUGUAGAAAACUCUGCAGUUACUAGUAAUAAUAUUAUACAUAAGGAUUUAUCAACUUUAGAAAAUACAAAGAAUAGUCAUAUUAGUAUUAUACAACAGAAAAUUGAAAAAAUUGAAGUACGUACUAGCCCGCUAAAUAAAGCUUCCACAAAGCGAACUGAAAAUAAGUUAUCUACUGAUUCAGAAAAAGCAGAUCAUUCAAAAGUUUCAAGUGUAAAUAAUAAUGAAUACUCGUCAAAAAAGGAUUCUGAAAUACAUACAAUGGAAGAUAAACAAAGAACUGGACCUAUUUUUUCUAUGAAAGAAAAGGUAAUCGUUAUAACUUAUAAGCCAUCGGAAAAUCUCAUGGAAAAUCCAAAUAAUAUUUACCAACCUGAAGAAAUUAAUUCUGAUAAAGUAUUAAUUUCUAAAGAAGAUCAACAAAUUAAAAAGAUAAAUCAAAAUAAAGAUGAUGAAGUGGAUGAGCACGAUGGUGGUAAUGAUUUAAAAGAAUCCAUAAGUAACAUAGAUGAUGAAAUGUUUUCAUCAAGAAAUUUUGGUGAUCAACAAGGUCUACCCCAAGAUAUCAAGAAAUCUUAUCCACCUUUGUCUGUAAUAAAAGAAGAAGAUGAAUCACAUUUUUUUACAUAUUUUUCAAUUAUUACUUUAAUUUGCAUCGGACUGUAUAUUGGUUAUCAUAACAAACAAAAGAUUUUAGCUAUGGUUUUGGAAGGAAGAAGAUCAAGAAGAGGUCGUAGUGGGAGUAGAAGAAGGCCAAGCACAGCAAAUUAUCAUAAACUUGAUUGUAAUUUAGAAGAGGCUGUGACAUCACAAUGCAAUUCUAAUGUUACUCAUAUCAUUUAUUAAUUUUAUAAAUAUACUAUUAAGUUUUACUCUCUGAAUUAGAUAGAUUAUGAGAAUUUCAGAUUAUCUAUAACUAUAAUAGUAUCUAUACAUUCGACUAUUAAUAAUAAAACAAAUUAUUUUUACAACUAAUAUUUUCACAUAAUGACACCUUAGGUUACACUAUUUUUAAUAUAGUCUGAAAUAUUAUGCUUGCAUUAUAGAUAAACAAUGCUAAGUAUUGUAAACCUUAUUUCAUAUUAAAAUAUAUACAGUUCA